AUGGCGGAUUUAGUUGAGGAGAAUGAAAUAAUGAGGAACAAACAUGAUAUGUGGUAUGAGAAAUGGGUCGACGGUCGUCGAUAUCUACCAUUCUACUUUUCAUGUUCUGCAAAUUCUCGGAGGUUUAAAUUUAUCAACAAGAUUUGCCAUAAUUUGGAAAAGUCCACUUUAGAAAGGAGUUCAACAGUUGCAGGAGAGAAGAGAGGAUGGGAAGUUACCGCAGAAAGAAUAAACAGUGCAAAGAUGGAUGGCAACGGAAGAAUAUGGGUCUCGGAUAUGAAUAUCGAAAUACGGGGACCGUGA